AUGGCUUGUGCAUUUCAUGCAACUUUAGCAGCCAACAGCUGUGCCUUUUCUUCCAGGAGAUUCUCCUUGAAGUACCCAAAGACCAGUAAGAGAAGGUUUAGUUUGUUCACUGUUAGAGCUGAUUCCGAUGACUCUGACUGCAAUGAGGAAGAAUGUGCCCCGGAUAAGGAAGUUGGCAAGGUCAGUGUGGAAUGGUUAGCCGGGGAGAAGACAAAAGUAGUCGGUACAUUCCCGCCGCGUCGGAAGCCCGGUUGGACUGGAUAUGUUGAGAAGGACACUGCUGGUCAGACAAACAUAUAUUCAGUUGAGCCAGCCGUUUAUGUGGCAGAAAGUGCUAUAAGUUCAGGAACUGCUGGUUCUUCUUCUGAUGGCGCUGAGAACACUGCAGCAAUUGUUGCUGGCCUUGCCCUGAUCUCGGUAGCAGCAGCAUCCUCAAUACUCCUACAAGUUAGUAAGAAUGCUCCUCCUCAGAUCCAGCCACCUGAAUAUUCAGGUCCAUCACUUACUUACUAUAUCAACAAGUUCAAGCCACCGGAAAUUACCGAAGUGUCGGCGCCUAGCGAGGCCAAACUAUCAUCAUCUGCUCAACCUGAAAGCACAGCUCCUGAUCUUUCCCAGAUUCAGGUAGAAGCUCAAAUCCAGCCCCAGACCUCAAGCGAGAACAUUGAAUCGUAG